AUGCCAAUUGAAACAGAUCUAAAAGCUGCGUACUCGUUAUUAUAUGAUGCGAAAGAGCCAGAACAGGCGCUAGAGCUCUACGAAUCCAUAUUGAAACAGUCCUCGAGUAACUUUAUAGCUCAUAUUUACAAAGCCGCGUGUCUGGAAAAGCUGUACUACGGGUUCAAAAGUUGGCACAGCGAUGAGACCUUGGAAAACGCGUUAGAUUUACUGAAAAAGGCCAAGGAAAUAGCUGAAAGCCGAGGCGAUCGAGCAAAAUUGGCACUCGUCAAUUUUAGGCUCUGUGUGCAUUACUACAACCGCAAAUUAUAUCCUGUGGCGAACACAUUCUUCACCACUGCUCGUGAACUUGGAUAUGAAGACGCUGCAGUACCAAUUUGGGAGGCUAAUUUAGCUCAAAAGAUCAAGAAGUGGGAACGCAAAAACGGUCCCAUCGGUGCUAAAGACCUGAAGCCCCCAAGCAUCGAGAAACUUGUACUAUCGAGCAACACUACUCCAUCUAGCUCAGCGAAUAUUUCCGAGACGCAGCCCGUAAAACCUAUCUUCAAAACAGAUUGGUAUCAAUCGGCGACCACAGUCACAAUCUCACUUUUUACAUCCUCACUUCCGCCUAACAAAGAGUCAGUCUCGGUAGAAAUCUCGCCUGAUUUGCUGAGUUUACAGGUGACAUAUCCAAUUCAACAAACAGGCUCUGAAUUUCAAUUCUCUACAAAACUGUCCCAUGAAGUUGACAGCCAGCAAAUCCGCAUAAGCGUGUUGACAAAGAAGCUCGAAAUUUCUCUAUUGAAGAAGCAAAAAAUCCAAUGGAAACAAUUAGAUGCCUAUUGUGAAACAAGUAGGAUGUCGACGUCCACUUUAUCUGUAGCUCCAACUGCGAACGAUAAAUCUGCACAUUCCUACCCAUCAUCUUCGAAAAAAUCCACUGACUGGUCGAAAAUUGAUGCUGAAGACGAGGAAAAAUCAGAAUCAGCAGACGCUUUUUUCCAGCAGCUGUACUCCAACGCUGAUCCUGACACUAGGCGUGCUAUGAUGAAAUCAUUUGUUGAAAGUAAUGGUACCGCUCUAAAUACCAACUGGGAAGAAGUCGAAAAAAAAGAAGUGGAGACAGUCGCACCGGAGGGCUCUGAAUUGAAAAACUGGUAA